AUGCCCGCAUCAACGUCAUCCCGGCUGCCCCUCCGCCUCGCCCUCGCCCGCCGCUUUAGCCCUCGCCCGGCCUCCUCCUCCUCCUCCUCCUCCUCCUUCUGCUGCUGGCCUUAUUUAAGCCGCCCUGCCCUCCUCUCGUCCGCCUCUUCGCUCUCAUCCACAUCUGCACGACCACCGCUACAGACAACCACAGCUCCAGCUUCUACAAGACUCUUCUCUUCUUCCAGCGCAAGACUCUUCUCUCCCACAACCGCAAACAUGGUCGUCCAAGAGAUCAAGAGCCGUGAUGACUACAUGAAGGCUAUCGCCGGCGGCAAGCUCGUCCUGAUUGACUGCUACGCCACCUGGUGCGGUCCCUGCAAGGCCAUCGCCCCCGUCGUCGACAGGCUCAGCGAGGAGCACUGCGCGGAAGUUGAUUUCUACAAGGUCGAUGUCGACGAGUGCUCUGAGGUUGCUGCCGAGCUAGGCGUCAGAGCCAUGCCUACUUUCUACUUCUUCAAGGGCGGCGAGAAGCUCGACUCCGUUGCCGGUGCUGCUGAGGGACCCAUCGUUGCUGCCCUCGCCCGACUCAAGUAA